AGGAAAAAGUCACAUGACCGCCAUUAAUGAGAAUUGGAUGCCCUCUCCUUCAACGCCUCCUCGCUCUUUGUUCCAAGGGCAAUCAAUUCCUCUUCAGCUUUCUCCCUCCACAGGCCGAACCCAAAGCUAUGAUCGAAUCGUGAGAAGAUACAGAGCACAUUGAGGGAGGAUGGAUGACUCUGUGUUACACCAAUCCAUAAAUCUGCAACACCCCACCACACCACGUAAAGAAGUCCAGCAGCCUGUUGGUAUCCAAGGAGAGGAGGCUGCGCCGAGUCUCCAGGUAGAAAUAAGUGGAGGGCUGUGCGAAGUCAAUGGGCCAUCAAUUCAACUUGAAUCUUGGUAGCUGCUCAUAGAAUAGAGGACCAAGGGAACUCAAUGAGGAGAGGUGGACCAAUGGCCAUCCAUGGCAUCAUGUUCUUCAAUAAAAGAACACCUCUCUCUCUCUCUCUCUCUCUCUCUCUCUCUCUCUCUUAUCAGCCAAUCGACAGAACAGACAAAUCCAUGGUAGCUUUAUUUCAAAAAGGAGAAGCCAACUGAGAGAUCUCAAUUCUCUUAUUUAACUUUCUUCCCCUACCUCUCAGUCUGUUCUACUCUUUCACCUCCUUCCCCUCCCCAUUCCCCCCUGCAUACUCGAUUUUGCUGUAUUUUCGCUGCCUAUCUAUCAUUCCUUCAUCCCUCUUAGCUUGCUUAUUCUUCCAAAAAGAAGGAUUUUUGCCCAUGGAUCGAAUGGAGCACCAUGCAAGACCCCAAGAAACCAUUGGCAGUAGCAGCGGUAAUUACAGCUGCAACGAUGGAACACCACCACCACCACCAGCAGCUCCGCCGGCAUCGUCACCAUCACCGGUUCCGCCACCUCUGAUUUCCAAACCCAAUCCGAAGCCUUGCGAUGCGAAUCCGUGCCCGACGACCUUCGUCCACGCCGACACCACCUCCUUCAAGCAAGUCGUCCAAAUGCUCACGGGCUCUGCCGAGACCGCCGCCGCUGCAGCCGCCGCGAACCCCACAGCCCCGAAAGUACCGGUGGCUCCGGCAGCCAAGGCUACCGGCCCCAAAAGGCCUGUUUUUAAGCUCUACGAGCGGCGGAACAGCCUCAAAAACCUCAAGAGUCUGAACCCUCUUAUUCCGACAUUCCUCAACUCCAGCACCAAUUCCCCUGUUGGCGCCGCCGGCUUCUCUCCCCGGAAGCAGCCGGAGAUCUUGUCGCCCAGCAUGCUGGACUUCCCUUCGCUCGUGCUUAGUCCGGUGACGCCUCUGAUCCCCGACCCUUUCAACCGGCCGCCGCACCCGAGUUCAGAGGCUGCUAAGUGGGCGGAAGACCGGGCGAUCGCCGGAAAGGGAUUCUACCUGCAUCCAUCGCCGCGGGCCACUGCCGAAACAGAGACACCACGGCUGCUGCCGUUGUUCCCGGUGACGUCUCCCAGGGUCUCUUCUGACCUGUCUCUAGCGACACCUCAAUCUUCUUCUUGAGAGAUGCCAACUCUAGGAUGAUGUUCCAUUCCUGUUCUUUCCUUGUAUGGUUUGGCCUUUCUUCUCUCUGCGCUGCAAGUUAACCAAGACAGAACGAUUGCCUCUUUUAAUUUCUCUUCCUCAUCUUUAGCUGAUGUAAUUGAGCGACUGACUGGAGUAAAGAUUAUGGGAAAGCCUUUUCUCCUUUCUCGAUGCCAAUGGAUGGCUUGCAAUACUAAGAUCAUCUCUUCCAACUCA